AUGGAUGAAGAAUACGUCAUAGCUGCUGUGGUGGCCGAAGAGAGGGAGUAUGGCGAGGGCGAGGGUGAAAAAAUUUAUUUGAAGAGGUUGCGAGACGGGUCUAACCCAUUUGACCGGUCCGAGCGGAAGUUCCGUAAACUGUUUAGGCUGUCGCGGGCCAUGGACCGUCACGUAGUGGACACUACAAAUUAUACUGAGGAAGAAGAUCUCAUCCCGAAAUUUAGAUUUUAUUACAGAGCCAUGGAGGCCUACAUGGAGCUGCCGCUGGAGACAGCGGAGCGCAUUCUGUCGACACCUUGGCAUAAUGCCUCGCGCACCAAUGUAAUCUUCGUUCAUGGCUUCACGGGGAAGCCAACGGGUCCGGCUGUGACGGCGCUAAUGGAAGCGUUCCUGGAGCGCAAUGACAGCAAUGUAGCUCUACUGAACUGGGAGGGGCUGGCAGCCGCCGUGUCGCCGGACCUCGCCAGCUCCUAUCUCAAAUGGGCUGCACCUAAUGCUCGGAAGUUGGGCCGACGUCUUGCGGACGCGCUGGCGCGGCUGUCUGUAGGGGGUAUGAAGCUGGAGCGCACGCAGCUGGUGGGGCACUCGCUGGGCGCGCACGUGCUGGGCCUGGCCGGGAACGCGCUGCGCCAGGAUGGGAUGCUGUUGCCCUGGAUAACAGCCUUGGACCCUGCAGGCGUGGGGUUCAAGGGCAAACCUGAAGCGGGGCGGCUUCACGCCGGCUCAGCAGCAGUGGUUGUUGCGGUGCAUUCCGACCCUAACAAGUAUGGAUACCGGCGUGCCUUGGGAACGGUGGACUUCUGGCCGAAUUACCGGCCCGGGACUGUGCGUCAGCCCGGCUGCCCUGAGAAGACGGGAAAGAGAUUCUCACCUGAAGACUUAUGCAGUCACAACCGCAGCUGGCAGUUAUUUGCGGAGGCGGUGGCGCGGCCCGGUACAAUCGUCGGCAGUCGUGCGAGGAACUAUAGAGAGUGGAACUAUUAUUCCACAUCCCAGAGGAACGCCUCUACGCUAGAUCUGGACGCCUACGGGAAGACAAUCGUUCCGGGCAACUACUACUUCAUCACGAUGGGCGCGCCGCCGUACGGCAUGGGCGAGGGCGGAUUCUAAUCCAUGCCUCGUUAUGGACGAUUCUAACAAGAUCGAGUCGAGCCGCGAGUGCGUAUAACGAGAGUAAAAGAAAUUCCAAAUUGACCCUUACAGCAGUUAUACUAUACCAUAUUUAAGUGGCAGCCGUGCACUACGCGUGCUGACUUCUAAAUUUAAUAUGGAUUGUACCUACUUAACUAUUGUCGUACAGAAGGUUCGCCCGACUUCGGGCUUGUCUUCGUAGUCAGAGGAAAUACAAAAAACCUUUACAAAUUAUUUACCUAAACUUUCCUAAAGAAUCACUCUAUUAAUAGGUGAAAAUCGAAUGAAAAUCCGUUCAGUAGUUUUUGAGUUUAUCGCGAACAUAGACAGCCAGACGCGGGCACUUUGUUUUAUAAAAUGUAGUGAUAUUCUCUUUGAACAAAAUUAAAUUGGGUAAAAUACGUUUUAUAGUUAUAAAUAAUAUUAUAUUUAAGAAAGUGAAAAAAGCAUUUACUUUCUUCAACUGGCAAUUAGCUAAUUUAGAGGGCUCUAAUAUCACCAUAAAUCUAAAUAAAAUCUGUGAUUAAAUUGGAGAUUGACCCAAUUACAUUUCUGAUCAAAUUGGUCGAUUUGAUCAUGCCGUCUGGAUACCGACUAUUACCACAGAAUAAAUAAUAGUACUGCCGUAUAGAAAGGAAACUUCCUAUAAAACCGAAGUUUGACAGCGGUUCAGGGUCGAAUCAUGCUGUCCCUUUCUAAUAAAUGGCACUAUCCGUUUCGGCUAUUUAGGGUUGUCAAAAUUCAAGCCAUUAUCUUAUCUGUGGUCUUGCACGCAAAGGGACGUCAAGUUGUGUCAACCCUAAUUGUUCGGAGCAAUGCUAAGCCGAGUGGAGCCGAGUUUGGCCGAAGUCAGGAGUUUCGCACCCCUGCUAUUACGACAUCAACAACAUGAUGGUGUCGUUCCAAAACUAUUCUGCCCCAAAACCCACAGAAUCAAUUGCACUUUUGUUCCGUUUUGAUGCAUUGGUGACGCCUAUUUUGUG